GGAUUGUCCGUACAAAUAGAAUGGGAGAAGCUGGCAAAGCCAGGGACGGGGGAGCUACGGAUCAGGCAACAUGGGGCAGGGGGCCUACAGUCAACCAAGGAGGAAUGAGGAGGAAGAUCGUUUGAACAGGCUGCUAUUGUUCGUAGAGAGCCAGCAGCUGGAAGCAGCAGAGAAGAAGAAGGCUGAGCUGCAGAAGAAGCGGCUUGAAGAAGAGAAACAGAAGCAGGAGGAAGCAAAGCAGAGGAAGGAGGCAGAAAAGAGGCGGGCGCAAGCAAUAAUGGAAGCCACGACAGCGCAAGCUUUCGCCAAACAGAUGGUGGCUUUAGAGGAGAAGAUCAAGGACCAUGUGCAUUCGACGCUUACGGCAUCGGAAGAGAAGAGCGCAAAGAUGCAUGAUAGCUUGCGGCGAUUCCUCGAACGUACCGAGGGUGAUGUAUCGAGGGGACCCAGAUCAAAGCCCUACCCAAACCCGAAGAGGAGGCUAGAUUUGGAUGAAUGUGAACGGGGAGUGAACAUUGCAGAAAGGAGUGAAGUUGUGCCUAUUACUAAGAGGCGGACAGCGGUCAUGGGGAAAGGUAAAGAACCAGCCAGUGCAGAGGUGAAGAAGAAAGGAGCAGUGGCAUCAAGCUCUAGACAAGGGGUGAUUGAUUUUGUCCUCGGGCUGAGAGAGAGCAUGCAGACGAAACAGGCACCCGAGCUCAAGCAGCUGUGUAAGAUGAAGAACAUCAGGUGGGUAUCGAAAGGACAAGCGAUCAAGGACCUGGUAGCAGCAGAAACGAGAGAGGCGUAUGAUGGUUGGCUUACAGGGGCAGAUACACGGUACCUCUGGGACAAGCUCUUGUUGUACAUGGGGCUCCGAGAUAACGUCUGGGGGAAGUAUGGGUUUACGAAGUUCAGAAUUUGUAUAGAGCAGGUGGUGAUUGCAGUGUUCCUCUUGUUGGUGAUGGGUGCCGUGGCCCCGUGGGUGAAGAAGGUACUCAUGGUGGCCCCUACGGGUCACGAUUUCUUCGACCUUAGAGGACUAGUGGUGUAUUGCUUGAUUUCACCUUGGUGCAAGAGGUUGUACAUCGGGCAGGCAAUACGAGCAGCAGGUGAGAGGUGGUGGGAGCACAUUCGGUGUACAGAGGCCGGUAAUCACGGGCAUGCCCCCAAGUUGUACUCUUUCCUUAAGGUCUUUGGAUGGAGUAAGUAUCUUGUUCUCCCGAUAGCAGGGGGUGCUGGAGAAAGCUUGCGGGUGCUGGAAAAGACCCUUAUCGGGAGGUUUUCACCAGCAUUGAAUGUCGUCGGCCACGGAGCAGGGACGAAACAGAGCCACAGGCCAGGUAAAAAGGAGAGACAGAAGGUGAAAGGAUCCAUGCCGAUACACAGGAAAAUGCUCUUGAACUUCACGUUAGUGGAGCAGGGAAAGCGGUAUUCUAGCUUAGCAGAACUCCUAGAGGACAGGUUUGCAGCAGGAUCGAAGAGGGUGGAGAUCGUAUCAUCCGGAGGUGAGGUGUGGGGAGAAAAGUGGUCCAUUAUUCGGAGGAGGUACGGUACGUCAACUGUUGCGGUGGAUGGGAUGAAGCUAUCACUAGGAAGAGCCAAGCAACUUCUAGAACGGGGAGGCAAAUUCACAGUUGGGCCGGUGGUAGGGACUGAGAGUGCGAGAAGUAGAGGGAAAGGAUAUCUCAGGCUGUUACUGGAGAUACCGAAGAAGCAAGUGGAGCUGAAGUAUUUCGAUGUCACGAAGCUGGUCUUCUUAGACAGGUGCGCCGGGGAAUUCAAGACGAAGACUACGAGGAGAACGUUGAAGGAGAAGAUAGUGGCGGUGAUCAGGAAGAAGACCGGAGUGAACAUCAGGCUGAAGGUUAAUGUGGGGGUGAAAUAUAGCCACCAACUGAGAAAGAGGAAGUUACAUGACACGGUGGUACUGUGCGUGGAGAAGACUAGAGUUCAUCCGGUGCUUAAAACGGUGCUGCGACGUCGAGUGAGAGUGGUGUGGAAGAAGAACAGCACGGUUGAACAGGUAUUAGCAAAUCAGCGGAAGGCAGCUAGGGAAGCCACGACGGUGUGUACUUCAAGCGAGGAUAAGCUGCCAAGAGUGGAUGGACAUGUGUUAGCAAGGGUAGCAUAGUGUCCGACGGUUCCUCCGUUCCUACACAACGGGAAAAAUGUUAUGCAGAGCGAGGCCG